AUGGGGAAGAAUUACGACUCCAGACCAAGGCAUGGUGGAGGAGGCCAAGGAAAUGCUGCGACCAGCAAACCACCGUUGACACACUUCCUUUGCAUACCUCUGGUUAAUAAAGCAUCGAUAUACCAACUGGAUAGCUCUUUGGCAGAGUUCAAAUCAUCAAUUCCACUUGUACCCCCAUCAGGUUCAGCGGCAGGACAUGCCCCAGAUACACCACUUGUACCCUAUGGAGCCCUCCGGCCGCUUGGGACGCUGCAUUUCACUCUAGGCGUUAUGAGCCUGACCACACAAGAACGGCUAAGCGAAGCCUUGUCCUUCUUCCGGUCUCUUGACCUGGCCUUGAUAAUGCAAGAAGCAGAGCUAGAAGCCAAGCCACGCCAAACUUUUCAUAAAGAUAGCUUAGGCGGACCGUUGUCAAUCGAUCUAGUUUCACUACAUGCUCUUCCAAAAGUUCGAGCUGCCACAAUUCUUCAUGCUUCGCCGCUUGAUAAUACAGGCCGUCUGUAUCCGUUUUGCGUGAAGCUACGGGAUAGGUUUAUAGAGGCUGGGUUCAUGCAUCGUGAUAUUACCAAGGCCAACCCUCGCAAUAAGACGGCUAGUGGCAGAGAAAGUAUUGACCGCGGUGAAAGCUCCAGGAAUAACGGUCUGUCUACCCAACCAAAAGACACUACGGAGGGAAACGGAGGUCAAGAAGGCGACACUGCUAGCAGCAUCCAAGCUGCGGAUCCAAGUGUUAUAGAGAGUAAACCGCGCCCUCUACUUCUCCAUGCAACCAUCGCCAAUACCAUAUAUCUUGGGAAAAGAAGGGGCACUGCUCAACAGGGUGGCAGAGGGUCCAGAGGAAAAGAAAAGUCAGUAUUUACCUUUGACGCAACUGAGCUACUGGAGAUGUUUGCGGGAAGCCAGCCAAAGCCACACCAUACCAUCGUUUCCAAGGAUGCCAAGGGCAAAGAGACGCAGACUGCCCAUGAACCGUUCAACUGGGCAAAAGACAUUCCCAUUGACAGAAUAUGCAUUUGCGAGAUGGGUGCAAAGACAGUACCUCAUGAUGAGGAGAAAGGUGGCCCAGUACUUGGACAGGAAUAUAGAAUAAUUGAACAGCGAAAACUUGACUUUCAGGUAUGA